CACAAAGCUCAGCUGUGAAAUACUGGUUACCUUAGAGUGGAUUUACCAUGAGAUUUGAGUGCAAACAGUGAAGUGAGCUGCCCUCCACUUUGGACACACACACACACCUGUUGGAGUCAGAAUGGCAGGGAAUGGAGUCAAAGUCAAACCCUGGAGGAAGAACGUGAUGCAAAACAGUGGUCUAGACCCAGAUCAAGAGGCUAAGGUCCAGAGUCAGGCUCAGCUGGAGCAGCGCCAUCUAGAGGCCUACAGAAACAUGCAUCGUCUCAGGGAUGCUCUCUAUCACCGCUAUGCUGCCCUGCUCAAAGAAAAGGUCCAUUCACAGAGAUUACUGCAACACCAAAGAAACAAUACAGCCAGAGCAAAGUCAGAGAAUGAAACCAAGCCGAAAAAAAAGAAGCUGGCCUUCUCCAAGCUGCAGCACAAUGACUCCUACCUGAAGUCCCUACCCAAAACCAGUUAUUACCUGAUCUUUGACCUUCAGAAGCAGUUAGCUGAGCGUGGACACCUGAAAACCCACCAUGACUUGGAGGACUUUUAUAGGUCCAUCGAAUAUAACCAUCAACCAUCGCAGCUAAAAAGAAGUCUGCAAGAUAUCAGGAAAAAGAUGCUCAACAGCAGACCCGCAGCUGAUCUGACAUCGCAGCUCAAGACAUCAGACAAACAUCCAUGCACUGCUGAAGAGAGGGGACAUGAGGAUAACAAUCGACACUCCAGAUUAUUAGAGCAAGGGUCUCAUUCAGCAGAAAUUUUGGCAGAGCUGAUCUUCAGUCGGGAAAAGGAUGAUAGUGAGCGAUUAUUUCCCAAGAUAAAUAUCCCCACUUUUGCAACCCUACAGCCUAACAUUAUGAGGAACGUCCAGAGCAAAAUACCUGAAUUGAUUAUCCCUGAGAUUCCUGAGAGGAGCAGGAAAGCAGAAAUUUACUUGAGUCGGCUAAGACAAAUGUACAAUCUCUGUUUAACCAACAUGGCUUUCUCCAAAAGACUGCUGGACAGAGAGACAGACUUGCUGUGCUGGCAGGAGGAGCCAGGCAUCCAAGAUUUGGUUCAGCUUCCAGGCAUUGACUCCAAACAAGGAAAGGGGAGCCAAACCAACCAGCUACCUCUCAGCUCUCCAAAACAGCCGAGCAGCGUCCAAACUGAUCAACCUUCAUGUCCACAGCAUUUGAGCAGAACGGCCUCAUCCAGCCAGCGAUGUUUUGAGACCCCGGUUUGGGACCCAGCAAUGUGCCGCCGUAAAACACCCAAACCCCUGUCCACUGAAGAUCUGUGUCAACAAAAGCAUAUAAUUGACCAUGGAUGUAAACUGUGGAGGAACUAUACAUAAAACACACAUGAGUGAAGAUAUCACCACCACAGACACGCUUUAUAGAUUCAAAAUAUGGAUGUCUUUUAUCUGUAAAAGAUGCACUACU